GAGAGCCCUUACAUUGGGAAGGCCAGGUACAAGAGAAACCAAUAUAUCCAAGAAGAAAUACCAUUGACCCAGUGCAGCAUGGAAAAGUUGGAAAAUUCAAUUUGAUGUGGAUGAUGAGGGAAAAAAUAAAUGAGAAUAAAACUUAAUCAGGCACUGGAUGUCCAGCUGGAAGACAAGGAAAAGAAAAUUCAGAAAGCUGAAGAGUCACUAAGACAAUUGCAGGGUGAAAAAGAAAAAACGCAACAGCAAGUUCUGAUAACAGCUAAAGAGCUAAAAAAUCUGGAAGAGUUAACAGCACAAAAACAGAUCUUAGGAGUUGAGAAAGAGAAGCUCGAGCAGCAUUUAGCACAAAAGAUCCAACUGAUUAACCAUUUGCGUCAGGAGACUGAGAAAGUGGAACAGCAGAUGGAAAGACAAAGGAAAGAGAUGGAAAAAAAGCAGCAUGAGAUUCUUGAUCUUGAAAGGAACUUGGAGUCUGUUGACCCUAAACAUCCUCAACAUGCACAUUUGAAAGCUCAGAUGGUGAAUAAAACCCAACAACUUGACAUGAUGUCCAAGCAAUACAAGCAGUUAGAGAAACGUCUGGAUGAAAUGCUUUCUAGGAUUGCUAAGGAAACUGAGAGCAUCAAAGAUCUGGAAGAACAGCUAACUGAAGGCCAGAUAGCAGCUAAUGAGGCACUGAAGCGAGACCUGGAGAGUAUUAUUGCUGGGUUACAGGAGUACUUGGAGAGUGUAAAGGGACAGGCAAAGCAAGCUCGGGAGGAAUGCAGAGAGUUGCAGAAGGAAAAGCAGACACUACUGCAUCGAUUGGCUGACCUGGAACAACAGAAGAAUCAACUAGAAAUUGUUGCCAUGGAUGCAGAUAACUUGAGAAAGGAACUGUCUGACAUGGAACGUUCUUUACAAGAACAGCAGGAAAUGAAUGAAUCCCUGCGCCAAGCUCAAGGUGACCUCAGUGAGUAUGAGGCUGAAUUAGAGUCUCAACUACAAGCAAGGGACAUUGAAGCAAACCAACUUAGAGAGGAACUAGAGCGACUGCGGAAGCUCAGUCAAAUGGAACAAUCUGCCAUGCAUGCUGAACUGGAAAAGGAAAGACAAGCGCUGGAAAAUGCUCUAGCACAGGCUCAACUAGUGGCUGAAAAAGAGCAUGAAAACAAGAAGCUAGUUACACAGCUAAAAAAUCUACAGGUUGAUAACUCCUUGUUGAAAGAACAGCUUAAAGAGUUACAGAUGCACGUGAAUCAGGCAAUAAAGACCAUGAUUCACCCAGAGGAAGUUUCUGCUCGUGUCUCUGAACUGAGAAGAAAACUAGAUUCUGGUAUUCAGGAGAUCAGGCCUUAUAACCAGGGAGAUACUUUGGGAAAGAACCUUGCUGAAUUGCAGAAGCAGUUGAAUGAAAUAUUAAAGCGUUCACAACAAGAAAAAGAGGAAGUAUUAUGUCAUUGCAAGAGAUUAGAACAGGAAAUUAUGACAUUAAGGGAAGAACUGAAGAAUACUCAGGAGGAUUCCAAGACAGCUUAUGAGAAAGCAGUAGAGACACUGAUAAAAUCUGAGAAAGGGAUUAGUCAAGCUCAAGCACAGCAGCUGAAGAAUAAGGUAGCAAGUCUCCAGGAGCAACUGAGAAACAUGCAAGAGUUACAGGCUCUUGCUGACGAGCAGCUGCAGGAGGCGGAUGAAGACCGGGAUAAACUUUUACAAGAACUGGAAGAUAAGGAGAACAAGAGUAAAAUGGAGGAUGCAAAAACUCAUUUGAAGUUAUGUAAUCUUGAAGAAGAGGUGAAAAAUUUGAAGGCAACCAUGGCUGCUUCUGACAAGAUGGCUGCCAGAGAACUUUCCACUGCCAAAGACCACCUGAAAGCUCUUCAGGGAACUGUUCAAAAACUGAACCAAGAAAGGACAGAGGAAAUGAAAGUAGCAGAAAAAUUCCGGUCUGAGGCAACUCGGGCGGCUCGAGGUCUUGCCAAAGCAGAGGCUGAAAUUGAGCUGCUGCAAAACCUAUUAAAGGACAAAGAAAACCAGAUUCUGGAUGAAAUUCAGACGUUUGAUUUUGGAGCAAAUGGUGUGAAUACCCAACAGCUAGAAAUUGAAAGACUAAGUCGAGCUCUAAAUCGACAACAAGCAGAAGUGAAGCGCCUCCAGGAUCAUCUGAAUCGUACGAGAGAGGGUAAUUUGAAUGAAAUGGAAGAGUUGAUGGAUGAAAUCUCUGCUCUCAGAAGCGUCCUUAGCAAUCAGAAUGAUUACAUUACCAGUAUGACGGAUCCAUUUAAAAGAAGGGGUUACUGGUACUUUGUGCCAUCUUCACCAAAACCACCAAGCCUGAGGUCUCAAAACAGUCACACAAAAGAUUCUGGAUUCAGCUCGCUGCAUCAAGUUCCACCAUCUCCAAGUCAGGGAUCAAUUCCUAGAAGAGGAGGCAAGGAAGAAUAUAUAUCAUCAGUUCCAGGAGGCUAUUGGGUUUAUUCACCAAUAAGACAUACCUCACAAUGGACUCGUACCCAGAAAGCAGGUGAUGAUGAAGAUAGUGGGACUGAAAGUGAUGAAAAUGGCACACCUAAAACAUUUAUUGCCCCACCCAGAUCAGUCAUUUAUACUAUGUACCCUGAUGGUACUCCUUUGCCUCAAGGGACUGUAGUGUAUGGACCUCCACCUGCACAAGCACCCAACGUUCAACCUGUCCCUCCAGGCACAAUUAUUUAUGGGCCGCCACCACCUGGAACACAAGUUGUUUAUGGACCUCUCCCUCCCAACUUUGCCAUCCCACUUAUUCCUGAUGGUGUUCUUCACUGCAAUGUUCUGGAGCACCAUGACCUGGAGAAUGAAAUCAGUAAACUGGAAGAUAUUAUAGCACACUUAAGGUCUCAUAAAUCCAAAGAUCCAAAAACAACUGCUUCCAUAGAUCGUCAUCGUGAGCAGAUAGAACAACUUCGUUAUGACAUCCAUGAGCUGUUGCAGGAGAGAGAAGAGCUGGAGCAUGAAGUUGAGGAAUUGCACAAGGUGGUCCAUAAGCGCACUAAUCAAAAAAACUUUUUAGAUGGACAUGUAGAUCUGCUCAUGAAUGAACUUGAAGUGGAAAAAUCUCUAAAGAGACACGAUGAUGUUGUUGAUGAAAUUGAAUGUGUGGAAAUAACUCUCUCAAAGCGAAGGGCAGAGCUACGAGAAGCAGACAGACUAUUAAUGGAGGCUGAGGCAGAUCUCAAAAGUACAAGGGAAAAGACAAAAGAAAUACUCCAGCAAUAUGAUGAUGCCAGGAAACACUUAGUAGACACUGAGAAAGAUGCAGAAGAGUUGGAGCAAAGAGCCCAUGACACUGCAGUUAAACUAGUUACUGCUGAUAAGCAACUCAGACUAAUGAAGAAUGACUUGAAAGACCUUGAACGACAUAAGGCUGAACAAGAGAGUAUUCUGAACAAAAUUAACAAAGAGGUAUCUACAGGAAAUUUAGAAUUGCAGACACUUGUACAGAAAAUGGAAAACAUGACUGAAAGUCUAGAAAAACUGCAAGCUGAGAUUCUUUUGGCAGAAACCAAAGAGAAACAGCAUCUGGAGACGUUGGACGAAGCAGCAACAUUGUUAGAGGACAAAAAGAGUGAAUUGGAAAGCCUAAAUAGCAAGGUUAAAGUGCUGAGGGAAGAGUUAAUGACGUUGGACAGAUGUUCAAUUAAAAAGAAAGAAGAGCUUAACUUCCUUCAGAAUGAUAUUGACAAGAAGAAAGCGAGCCUCUCAGAAGUUCUUUUGGAUGGUGAGGCAGAGAGAGUUGAUAAGCAGCGUCAAAUUUGGGAACUGAAGGCGUUGCUUGAAGAGAUGAGUGCACAGAAAGGAGAACUGAAUGCUCAGAUUACUGAAAAAAAUUCACAUCUCUCCUUAUCAAAACAAGAAGUGAAAAAUGAGGAAGACAAGCUUCAGAGCAUCCAAGUGCAGAUAAAUAAGCAAAGGACAGAACUGAAACAUGUUGUGGAAAUGGUGCAGUUAGAAAAUGAUGAACUCUUGGGAUUGAAACAGCAGCAUGAAAAGAAAAUCAUGGAACUGGAGAGGAUACAAGCUGUGCUGCAGGAGGAGAAGAGUAAACUGGAAAACCUGCAGCUUAUCUUCCAGAGUCAACAAGCAAAAAUAGAACAUCAAAAACAGCGUAUUGAGAAGGAUAGGCAAGAGGUAGACCAACUGACCACAAAGAAAAAUUCCCUUCUGCACGGUAUUGAAUCACUGGAUAAGGAGAAAAAACACAUUGAAGAGAAUUGCCUUGUAUUGGAGAACGAACUUUCUCAAGCAAAGAGAGCUGUUAAAGUCACUGAAGACAAUAACAGAAAUGCUGUAUCUAAACUGCAGAAACUACAAACAGAGAUGAGUGAGCUGAAUCAGGAAGUAAAUCAAAUUAAGAUCCAGAAGCAAGAGUUAAAUAAGAAGAUAGCAUACACACAAAACUGUCUACAAGAGGAAAAGGCAGAACUGGAAAAGUUAAUGGAUAACUUUCAAACUACGAAAGAUCAGCUGCAGUUAGCAGAACAGGAUCUUCAGAAUGUCACUAAAAAACGUGACAUGUUGAAAGCAGAACAGCUGACUUUGAGGGAAAAUGUUAACCAACAUGCAAGUAAAUACCAAUCCUAUCUGGAGAAUGAAAAAAAGAAAGAACGGGAGUUACAGCGAAUUCAGCAACAAAUUGAAGAAAAGCAACACGAACUCACAGAACAGCAAAAGAUGUUGCAGUCUAUUAAAAAGGAUGUUAAAUGUGAGGAGACAAAAUUGGAGCAAUCUGCAACUAAAGUAAAGGACCAAAUCCAAGCUUUGGAGGCCGAACUAUCAGACAAAAAAAAUGAACUUGAGCAGGUGGUUGCAAAAGUGAACUUGAUGGAAGAACGAUCAAGAAAAGUGCAACAUAAUGAAGAACAGUGCACUAUUUUGGAGGAUCAGAUUGUCACCCUGACACAUCAGCUAUCUGAUCGAGAGCAACAGCACCAGGAAACAAUGGAUGAACUGGCAUUUCUUCAAAGAGAAAUUCAGUUCUCAAAAAACAAUGUAAUCCACCUCCAAGAAUGGAUUCAUUCAGAGAGAAAAAAGGCAGAGAAGCAAGUUGCAGACAUCACAGAAGAGUCCAAGGCUCAGAGAGCUCAGCUGGAGAAGGCUCUUAAUGAACAAAAGUAUGAAAAUAACAGACUGCAGGAGGAAUUAUCUUCAAAAGACCAGGCUGCACGUGAUAACCAUGCCCGAGCUGAAAGUGUCAUGAAUGAAUUAAGUGAGAUGAGACAGAAAUACUUUGAUCUUAAACAACAGCUGAGAAGUCAAGAACAGAUGGAGCAACGCCAGAAAGAGAUAAAAGAAGCCAUAAGAAUACUUCGGUCAGAUGUUAAAGCAGAAAUUGGCAGUAGUUUGAAAGACUUAGAUCAAUCUUGCGUGGAACCAAAGAGUGAUCUGAAUGUUACUUUAGAAGAGGGAGAAACUCUUCAACAUGAAGAGGAAAGUCUGAAGGAGAAUUUUCCCUUUGCUGGCAAUGAGAGAAGACAUCCAACUUACAAUGAGAGGUUAAGGCUGACUAAAUUCAAUUUUAAGGACGAGCAGUGGCGAGGAGAGGUGCUAAGAGAAAACCUACGGCAACAGGAAGAUCGGCUAAAGGCACAGAUUCGUCAGUGCAUGUCAGAACAAGCUGAAGCACUCUGUAAACAAAAGCAGCAGACAGAGGGUAAUCUGACAAGCCUGAGAAGGCGAGUGGAUGUCCUGGACGAACUUGUUACUAGCAUGAGUGUAAACUCAUCUCAGCAUUACCAGACUGAUGGCCCAAGUAAGACUUCGCUCCAUGGAAUAUUCCAGUCACCUUCCAGAAGACCAGCUGAAAGAUCUGUACAGGCAAAGCGUUCCCAUUUGCUUGUUACUGAACAAGAUUCGGGUAAACAAGGGCUCAAAUGACAGUCGGUAACUUCAUGGGCUCUUUGCUGCAAUAAUGAAGAGACUCCUGGUGUUGCGACUGUCACCAACGUCCAAGAAAACUGAUCUACCUCAGUUAUUUCAAUCUUCUGUGGAUCUUCAUAUAGCAAAGAUGCAGGUCGUGGUCUUGUACAUACUGUUUCCUUUUUGUCACGGUUGCUAUUAAAGUACUAUGUGCCAUACUGUUCAUCAAGCAGACCAAUGCAGGUAUUCUGGGAUAUUUUAGUAUUUAUCUCAGCUGCUAUUUUAACAUUUGAAUAUUUAAAUUUAGCAAUAUUUUUUUAUGCAAUUACACAGUUCUGUGCCAUGACUGCACAGUAAGUUUGUACAUUGUAUUUGUAUAAAUAUUGUACAUGUGCAUUUGUGUGUAAAUUUUGCAUUUUCUUUUUGCAGUAAUAAAGAUUCACUGAAA